GAAGGUGGCUUCAAGUUUGUACCGAGGCGCCUUUCCUCAUUUUCUAAGCGUUCUUAGAUUUUUUUUGAACGACCCAUCCUCCAAAUACUUCCGGGUCAUCUAGCUCGGCUAGGAUACUAUAGAAAAAGAAAGUUCCCAAGCAAGAGGCUCAUCAUGUUCGGUGCUUCUUCUGGUACAGUGUAGUGCACACGGUGUGCAGGAAGUGAACUCUGAACCUUCAUUUCAACGGACUUCGUGUCAGUCCGAGACUACUCCUUACCCGUAUCAGUCAUUUUGUCCACCAGUUUUCCACACAAAUCUCACUUACCACCGACAAUGGCUGAUAAAACAAGCUUUGUGGAUACCAUCGUUCAUCUGGAUGUUAAGGAUUAUUAUGGAAAAAAGUUGCAGAAGACCUCAGAUCUGAAGAGUAAUGCCUGUGUUGCUCCAGCCCAGCCCUACCCAAAAUUCAUCCUCCAUGCUCUGAGGAAAGUUCAUCCUGAUGUGACUGACAGAUACUAUGGCUGUGGUCUGGUGGUGCCAGAAUGUUUGGAGGACUGCAGGAUUCUGGACUUGGGCUGCGGGAGUGGCAGAGACUGCUACAUGCUGAGUCAGUUGGUGGGAAAGGCUGGCAAUGUUACUGGCAUCGACAUGACUGAGGAUCAGCUUGAAGUGGCCAGGAAACAUGUGGACUUUCACAUGAAGGAGUUUGGCUACAAGAAGCCCAAUGUGACUUUUGUCCAGGGCUACAUCGAGGCCUUAACGGAGGCGGGUCUGGAAAAGAACUCUUUUGAUGUCAUCAUCUCCAACUGUGUGGUGAAUCUUUCUCCAGACAAGAAGCGAGUCCUGUCUGAAGCCUACAGUGUGCUCAAGGAUGGUGGUGAAUUUUACUUCAGUGAUAUCUACAGCAAUGGAAGACUAACUGGGGAAAUUAAAAACCACAAAAUCCUGUGGGGGGAGUGUUUAGGUGGCGCACUGUGGUACAAAGAUCUGCUGCAACUAGCCGAGGAAGUAGGAUUCAGUCCACCAAGGCUUGUUACUGCCAGCAUUGUCACUGUUGAUAACAAAGAACUGCAAGCCAUUCUGGGCAACUUCAAGUUUGUCUCUGCCACAUACCGUCUGUUUAAGGUCCCAAAAGGCAGCCCAAAGCCCUGUAAAGUAAUUUAUAAUGGAAACAUUACAGGGGCAGAGGGCUCCCUCCACUUUGACUGUCAGUACACCUUCAAGGCAGAUCAAGUGGUGGAUGUAGAUGGUGAAUUAGCUGCCAUCCUGACCCAUUCCAGAUUUGCACAGGACUUCACUUUCCAGCCACCAGGAGGCUCCUGUGAACCUUGUGGAGUCAAACCAGAGGCACGUUGUGAGGAUCCUUUCCAGCUUGCUGUGCAGUUGCCAAAACAGGGUCCAGGUUCAACCACAGGGGGGUGCUGCAAUACAAAGUCUGCAACCUGCUGCAAGUAAUUGUUGGAUGAGUUCAGCAACCCAGCAUCAUAAUGUCAGCACUUGGUAGACUGGACAUCAGUGUUUCUCAACUGUUGUCACCCUGGGACCCGCAUUUUCUUAAAAACUGUUGAAAAAAAAAAUGCCUAUGUAAAGAAAAUGUCAUACUUUAAAAACAUAACUACAUGUUCAAAAGUACCAUACAGAGACCCUUGAAAAGAAACUGGAUGAACAUGACAACUAAAUGUACAAUGAAUAAAACAAAGAAUUUCACUUAAA